UUGAACCAGAUUUCCAUAUAUUUUAUUCGUAAAGUAAUAGUGAAUCACAAGAUGAGUCAAUAUUAAAAAUGGGUAAUUCAUUUGACGUGUAGUACGUGGAAGAAUAGUUAGCUAUCACGCAUACAUAUCUAUGAAUAAAUGUGUAUGACAAUAAGAAACUAAAAUAUUAUCUAUAGUCCGGUUACUCUUUCGUACUGAUUUCUGAUUUCAUAUAUUUAUUUUUAUUUUAUUUUAAUGAAGAAGCGAUUAGUGUUUGACUGUUUUCAUAGAAAUCAAAUCAUGAUAGGUAUUUCAGUUCCACAACAUCUAGAUCUAUACUGCUAUACUGAUAUAUCUGAUUGUGUUGUUGUCUAAUGAUGAUGUGUCGAAACUCUGCUGUACCAAUGCUCGAGCGUGAUCGAUGCCUUGACAAACUAUGUUUCCCGAAUUAAUUAAGUUUUUUGUAUCUUAGCAUAACAUUUUCUUAUACAAUGUAAUUUCUCAGGUAGACAAGAUAUGUAUCCUAUAUUAAUUACUAAAUAUGAAUUGCCGGGCACCUACCAGGAUGUUUCAAAUACGAGAGCCCAUUAGUUUCCACGUAAAUCACCAUGACGCGUCAAAAUCUAGAAUCGUGUCAAAACUCUAUCAAUACAAUAAUAUAUAUUUCAAGGGUAAUUUCGACAUUUCCGGAACUCAAUGAUUCAAUCCAAGAACCUCCUAUAUAAAGGCUACAACACCUCUAAAGAUUAACACAGCCACAUUAACUCUUCAUCACUAUCUCUCAAUCUCUCAUUUCCUCCUUGGCACGUGAAAAUGACAGAAAUGCCCUCGUACAUGAUCGAGAACCCAAAGUUCGAGCCUUACAAGCCAAAGAAACGACGUUAUUACACUUCUUCGAUGCUUACCAUCUUCUUAUCGAUCUUCACAUACAUUAUGAUCUUUUACGUUUUCGAAGUAUCACCAUCUUCGGUCUUCAAAGACACAAAGGUCUUGUUCUUCAUCUCCAAUACUCUCAUCCUCAUAAUCGCCGCCGAUUAUGGUGCCUUCUCUGAUAAAGAGAGUCACGACUUUUACAGUGAAUACAAAGCCGCCACCGCAACGAUGAGAAGCCGUGCUGAUUACUACUCUCCGAUUCCCGUUUCAAGACAGAGAGAAAACCUUAGAGAUGCAAAAAUCAAGAACCCUAAAGAAGAAGAAGAAGGAGUACCGAUGGUGAAAGAGAUCGUUUACGUUUAUCCUCCCGAGAAAAUAGUGACAGUGGUGAACGAGGAGAAACCGAGAGACGUUUUAGCUAUCGAGAAUUUCAAACAGGUUACAGAUCAAACUGUUGCUAGCGAAGAAGCUUGUGACGCAAGAAACCAUGUGAACCCUAAUAAACCGUACGGGCGAAGUAGAUCAGAUAAGCCACGGAGAAAGAGGCUCAGCGAAGGUACAGAGACGACCAAACGUAAAAGUUAUGGUCGAAGGAAAUCAGAUUGCUCGACAAGGAUGGUUAUUCCGGAGAAGUGGGAAAAUGUUAAAGAAGAAUCUGAAGAGUUUUCAAAAUUGUCCAACGAGGAGUUAAACAAACGAGUCGAAGAAUUCAUCCAACGGUUCAAUAGACAGAUCAGAUCACAAUCAUCACGAGUUUCGUCUACUUGAUUUGAAUUGCUCCUAGUAGUAUAUAAUUAAUUUAGUUAGAAUUCUUUUUAAAGUUUUGUUAGUAUAGACUAGAGUACUGUUUUCAAAACUUGGUGAUGAGAUGACUUUUUUUUUGCAGUCGUCAGUGUAAAUUAAUAUAAGAAUGUGAAAAGGUAACUGAAGUAGUGGUCCGUUGUAAGAAAAGUCUAUAUAAACGCCUUAUGGGAAAAAAAAAACAUUAU